AUGCUUGCUCGCAAUUUCAUUCUCAGAAACGUUGCAUUCCCUUCCGUUCAAAAGAAGGCGUUGUUGUUUGCCUGUGCUUCAAAGAUGAUGCACUCGUCAAGUCAAUAUGAAGCAACAAGGAUUUUUUCAUUCGGAAUGAAUGGGUCAAUUCACAACAACCAUGCGUAUUUCACCACCAACAUGGCGAGAUUGACUCCGAACGAGCAUCAACAACCACUGGAUGAAUCAUCUCUUAGCCAGCACAUUUUCCAAUUUAUUCAAGGCCAUUCCGAAAAUCUUCCUUUGCAAAGUUUCAAUGAAUUGGACAAGUUAUUACAGACUUUAAUUUUCCAGGCUCAUCUUGUUUAUCGGGCAAAGUCUUUGGACGAAUGGAGGCCGCUGUAUAAUGAAAUUCUCAAUAUCUUGAUUAACAAUUCUCAGAUUUUUGCAGAAUUAGACCAAAAUCAAGUCAAAGAGUACGAAGCAGAUAUCAAGUCAUUUGGAGACGCAAUUAUAGGUACUUUUGAAAAGUAUGGAAAGACUGACGCAGCAACAAGUGAAAAUAAGGAAGUAGCAAAUUUCUUGAGACUUUUGGCUGAGGACAUUGUCAUUUCUGCCCUUCCAACUGUUAAAACCCAGAACCUAUACAAGUCAUUCCUACAAAACGUAAUUUCAGAGAUGGAAGCUUUUUCUAAAACAGCCUCCUCUCAACAAUUCAAGGUUAUUCUUCUUGCUAGACAGGCACUUUGUUAUCACAAAAUUGGUGAGCUAGAAAAUGCUUUGAAGACUGCAGAUAGGGUUGUAGAAUUGAUGCCAACAUUUGCUCCUGGAUAUCUUGUUCGUGCAUCCACACAGUUGUUCCUUGACCAGCCUCAACAGGCCAUCAUAGAUUGCAAUCAAGCUCUAGAGCUCGAACCUGGAAACUUGGAGGCCUAUCUAUGCAGAGCUGUUUCAUAUUUGAAAUUAGGAGAAGAUGACAAAGCUCUAUCUGAUUUGAACACAUUAUUGGACAUGUAUCCUUCAAGAUUCGACGCUUUGACAAAGAGAUCAGGAAUUUACUUUGGAAAGAAACAAUAUGAUCGUGCAAUUAUUGAUCUUGAGAGAGCCUUAUUUUAUAAUCAAAAUGAUGUACAAGUUUUUCAAGAUGUCAUUUUCAGCUUUGACUGCCAAAAUGACAAGUUUGCCGAGCAGCUGAUUAUUGGUUUGUUCAAUAAGCAUAGAGGACAAGCAGUAGAUUCUGUUAAGGCUUUUGAUGAGUCAAUCAAAAUUGAUUCAAGUGAUCCAGUUGCAUACCACCAACGAGGUUUGCUACUUUAUAACUACAUGGGUCAACCCAAUGAUGCUGCCAAGGACUUUGAGGCAGCCCUUGAUAGAAGAGGUCGAUUAACCUCUGAUGACUACUUGGGAAUUGUACUUCAAGAUUAUGGUAUGGUGGUAUUGAAUUCGUUUGUUUCUGAAUUCAAGGAUAAGCCUCCCAGUGAUGUUCCAACAUUCGAGACAGCACCACAGUUAAAGAAGGCAUACAGAGCGUUCGAAGAAGCUACUACUAAGUUGCCUCCACAAGCUCAAUUGAAAGCAUUAAGCAGCAUUGGAAGUAUUCAUGUAAUUAUGAACGAAAAUGAAAAAGGAAUUGAAACUUUCACAAAGGCCAUAGAGUUAUCAAAGCCAAGAGAAGGAAGUCAACUCACACAAGAAUUGAGAAGUGAAAUUGCUGCAGCUUAUUUCAACAGGGCUCAUGUCUAUCACAUGAAAAUGCUCAACAAUGAAGCAGCUCUCAAGGACUACUCGAUCGCUAUCAAGCUGAAUCCUGGCAAUCCUCUCUUCUACCACUAUAGAUCGAUGUUGCACAUUUCAAUGGGAAAUGAUGACUUGGCUAAAAAAGAUGAUGACUUGGCCAAGAAGAUUACUGAAAGACAACAACAAAAGAUGAAGGAAAUGCAACAAAUCCAAGAACAAAUGGCCAAUAAUCAGCCACCCCAACAAUAA